AUGGACCCUAUUCAUGGGGAUUCAAGUAGCAAGCAUACAUAUGAUGAGCAAGGGCAUUCCACUCUGGGACACAAACCUGAAAUAGAGAAAGUAACUCCUAGCUCAUCUUCCUCAUUUUCUGAUGCGGAAUCAUUUGAAGAAGAUGUCCUCCAACUAGGUGCAGCUGAACCUCACAAUUCAUUUCUGCGGAGCACUGAGAUUGCCAGGACUCAAAAUGGCAAAGUUACUAGUACCAAGGAUGUUGGGACUAAUGAUAACUUGGACAUGUUUGGAUCAAAUCAUUCUUCCCCACUUCAGGUGAUGGAGAGGUCAGAGGUCCCUGACCCAAAUGGAAUCCCAUCUCCCAUAUUCACAAGGACUAUGUCCACAGCAAUAGACUGGAGCGUGGUUUCAAAUGAAUCUUUGUUCGGCAUCCAAGUAAGUAAUUCUAGCUUCUCUAGGGACGUUGGUUUCAUGAUGAGCAGGUCCAUCGAGCUGACCAACUUUCCCAUGGACCCAUACUGGUCAAGUGCAGCAGGGGCAGCAAAUGCUGCAACCAUGCAGGGUGCCAUGAGGGUAAAUGCAGAGAAAGUUGGUAGUAAAGACAAGCAUGCAGCUGAGGUUAUGCAUCAUUCUGCUAGCAUAUCUGACCACUUCGACAGCAGAAUGGCUAGGUUUCAAUCUUUUGCAUUUACAGUAUUGACAGAUGGUGGAAGUGGAUCAGUUAAGGUAGGACCUGUGAACCAACCACGGCCCCGGGAGCAGGCACAGCAACCUCCACCACGUACCAAGACCCCAAAAGCAGCUCCUGCUGGCAACUGGCUUUCAUGCUUUACUUGUUCAUUCUGUUCUUAA